UUUCAAAACAAGUUUGAACUUGGUUUUUCUCAUGCAUAUAUAUUGGUCCAAAGGCAAAUUGGAAAGGAUAAAAAUCAAUGGGGAGAUCUCCAUGUUGCGAGAAGGUGGGGUUGAAGAAAGGGCCAUGGACCCCUGAAGAAGAUCAAAAGCUGUUGGCUUACAUCGAACAACAUGGCCAUGGAAGCUGGCGUGCCUUGCCUCUCAGAGCUGGACUUGAGAGAUGUGGAAAGAGUUGCAGGCUUAGGUGGAUUAACUACUUGAGACCUGACAUCAAAAGAGGAAAGUUAAGUUUACAGGAAGAGCAGACCAUCAUUCAACUCCAUGCCCUUCUUGGAAACAGGUGGUCUGCCAUAGCUACUCACUUGCCCAAGAGAACAGACAACGAGAUCAAGAACUACUGGAACACACAUCUGAAGAAAAGACUGACCAAGAUGGGGAUCGAUCCCGUCACUCACAAGCCUAAAACCGACUCCGCCACUGCUAACCCUAAAGAUGCUGCCAACCUCAGCCACACGGCUCAGUGGGAGAGUGCUCGCUUAGAAGCUGAAGCUAGAUUGAUCCGAGACUCCAAACUAGUCAUCCCUCCCCAAAACCGCCUGGCUGCACCCUCUUCCUCCGCUCCGAGACCGCAAUGCCUUGACGUACUGAAAGCAUGGCAAGGCGUCGUCUCGGGGUUGUUCACUUUCAACGUCGACAGCCUGCAGUCACCGACGUCGACGUUGAACUUCAUGGAGAGCACAACGCUGCCAAGCGUUGGAAUGUUGAAUGACAACUUUGCUUGGAACUCAUCGAUACCUUGUGAAAGUGGGGGUAUUCUAAAAGUGGACAAUGAGAGUAGUGAAAGUGAGUGGAAAUGUUUGGAGAAAGCGAACCAGAAUCCAAUGGAAUUGCAAGAAAUGGACUUCUCCUCAGAGGGUGCAUGGUUUCAAGAAUUAUUCGGAUUUAAUGGUUUGCGACUUGGAGAGGAAAUUAAUCUGCAGAAUGAUUCAUCAAUGGAGACUCAAGUACUAGAGAUGAAUUAAAACAUAGGCAAUGUUUCAACAUAUCUGUUGGUUUCAUCUGUGCUUUGGCCUUUGAGAUUAAUAUGUGAUUAGGUAUAGUCUA